AUGGCUUCCUCGACACCUCAACCUUCUACCGCUGCUGCGCCAUCUUCUACCGCUACAUCGACACCUGAACUCCCGUCCCGGCCAAGCUCGCUGAACGCUGUGGUCAGCCAGACAGCCUCGAAUUAUUCUCCAUAUGGCGCAUCCAGACUAGGCACGGCGCCGUAUGGUGGUGGGUAUAACAAUUACUCAUCGCCAUAUUCACGGUUUGGGGCCAUGGGGGGCAUGGGUUCGAUGUAUGGUGGUUAUGGCGGAAUGGGAGGGAUGUAUGGCGGUAUGGGUGGAAUGGGUGGAAUGUACGGAGGCAUGCAGAACGGCGGUGACCCGAACAGCUUGACAAACUCGUUUAACCAGAGUACGCAGGCGACGUUCCAGAUGAUCGAGAGCAUCGUCGGGGCGUUCGGAGGAUUUGCCCAGAUGCUGGAAAGCACAUAUAUGGCAACACAUAGCUCAUUCUUCGCUAUGGUAUCAGUCGCAGAACAAUUUGGGACUCUCAAAAACACACUAGGCUCCGUCCUGGGCAUCUUCACAAUUCUUCGGUGGUUCCGAACACUGCUCGCUAAAUUGACUGGUCGCCCUCUACCCGCAGAUGCGACUGCUCUUACUCCCUCAGCAUUCUCUGCAUUUACUGGCAACAACGGUGGCCUACCAGAUGGCUCCGGCCGACCGAAGCCAUCAAAGAAGCCCUUCUUCUUCUUCCUUGCCGCCGUCUUCGGCCUACCGUAUCUCAUGUCGAAGCUCAUCCGCGUCCUUGCCCGGUCACAAGAGCAGGAAGCCAAACGACAGCAAGAAUUACUAAACGAAGCCCAGCAGCAGGGUUCGAUCGACCCGUCGAAGCUUGACUUCUGUCGGGUCUUGUACGACUACUCGCCCGAUACACAGGCGACUGGCGGUAUAGAUUUGGCAGUCAAGAAGGGCGAUCUCGUUGCCGUGCUGAGCAAAUCUGAUCCAAUGGGGAACCCAUCCGAAUGGUGGAGGUGCAGAGGUCGCGAUGGCUCUGUUGGAUACCUGCCAAGCCCGUAUCUGGAAGCCAUUCAACGCAGGCCACAGCAGCAAGCGAUCACAGCUGGAACGACUGCGGCUGCGAACAACAGCGCGCCAGCUACGAGGACAAGCACACUGGUCGGCAACUCAGCGGAGGCGAGGACCAAGAGCCUGACUGCACUCAAGGGGGGCCAGGCUCCCGAGCCCGUCAAGGGGAAGCCAACCGAUAUCUCCCUGGAGAACUUCCAGAAGAGCAAUUUCUACUCUUAG